AUGGCGGCCCAGGAUGUAUUCGAUCGCUCAAUGGACGAGGAUAUCGCUCUCGGAAAUAUGUGGUACGAGCAAGAAUUCAAACGCUCGUUCACUUUGUUGGACAUGGUGGGCUUCAGUUUCAGUAUUGUGACCUGCUGGACUGCUUUAAGUGGCGUCUUCAUUAUUGGCAUCCAGGCCGGUGGCCCACCUGUCAUGAUUUUCGGCUGGAUCGGGGUCUGUGUGUUCACAAUGCUCAUUGCCCUGGCAAUGGCUGAGAUGUGCUCGCGUUGGCCAGUAGCUGGAGGCCAAUACUCGUGGGUGGCCAUGCUAGCGCCGCCUCGAAUUUCCCGACAGCUGUCAUAUAUCACUGGGUGGUUUAUGCUGACCGGACUCCUCGCUAUGGGCGCGGUCAACAAUUCCUUCGGAUCAAAUUAUAUCCUAGGCCAAGUCAACCUGGUCUUCCCGGACUUUGUUAUCGAGCGGUGGCACACCGUCCUGGUUGCCUGGGCCGUGGGGUUAUUUUCUCUCGCUGUCAAUGUAUUCGCACCCCACGCUUUGCAUCGCCUUUCCCGCUUCGUCUUGAUGUGGAAUAUCGUCUCGUUCAUCAUCGUGAUCACCACACUUUUAGCAACAAACCACCAGAAGCAAGAUACAGGCUUCGUAUUCCACGAGUUCCGGAAUACGACGGGCUUCGGUGCUUCGAUGGCUACUAUUGUUGGGAUCCUACAAAGCUUUUUCGGCAUGUGCUGCUACGAUGCACCGAGUCAUAUGACAGAAGAGAUGACCCACGCCAGCCGAGAUGCACCGAAGGCAAUUAUCAUGUCGGUCAUGAUGGGGGCUGUAAGUGGACUACUCUUCCUUCUGACACUAUGCUUUUGCAUGGGUGAUAUCGAAGCAACAGCCAAUUCAAGCACCGGGGUCCCCGUCAUACAGAUCUUCUACGAUUCAACCCAAAGCAAAAGUGGAACCUGCAUACUGGCAAGUAUGAUCACUGUCAUUAUCGUGAUGUGCUCUAUCGGUCUCCUCGCUGAAGGAUCAAGAUCAGUAUAUGCCUUUGCGCGAGACCGUGGGCUGCCAUUUUCCGGCUUGUUAUCUCAAGUCGAGCCGAAGAAGAAGAUACCUCUGAACGCUAUUUUUCUCACUGUUGCAGUGCAGCUAGGGCUGAAUGCGAUUUACUUCGGUGCAAAGACGGGAUUUGAAACGGUGAUUUCAAUAGCUACCACGGGGUUUUAUGUCUCCUACAGUCUUGUAUUUUUCGCCAGACUACUUGGCUAUUUCUUCCACCACCAAGCCUCCUCCUUCGACGGACCAUAUUCAUUGCCGCUUCCGGUGUCGCUCGGAUUCAGUGCGAUUGGCCUGCUGUUUCUGUUAUUCGCUUCUAUUACAUUCAAUUUUCCCUCUGAUGCUCCGGUCACCUUUCAAUCGAUGAAUUAUACCAGUGCAGCUAUCGGUUUGGUGACGUUGCUCAGCCUUCUGACCUGGUUUACCACUGCAACACAUCGUUUUGUUGGCCCUUCGGAUGUCAAACACUUGGUCGUCAACGGCAUAGGAAGCGCACAGACAUUACAACCCACGGAUGAGGAUGGUUCAAGUACGAGCAAAGAGAAUAAUGGUAAGAUAUUCUCCUAG